AUGGAUGCUCUUGAAAGUUCCCUGCUGAGCGGGCAAUGGGACUCCAAGCUCCACACAGAGCUGGAAUCGCGUCCUGCAAUUGCAACGCUCGCAAAAGAUGUCCUUGAUGAUGAAGCAGAAAAAGAGCUCAUCCAGGUCAUUCUAGCCGUCGCAUCUUUACAUGCUUUCAUCCAGGCAAACUGGACUGGCCCGGAUCUCAACAUCAACCCAUCAGAAGUAAUCGUUGACGUGAUGAAUCCAACCCUGAUUUCUAAUGCGGUCCUCGAUAUGAAGGCGGUGACCGAGCUUGCUUACGGAGGCGAGCCUGCUUACCACCUCGCACAACACGCCACCUUUUUGCGUCUCGCUCAACUCAUUUUCGCCUUGCCAUAUCAUCACUGUAUAUCCGUUUGCUGGUGGCGGUUACGUACAACAAUCAUCCACGAGCAGUUACUGGAUGAGGCAGUGCCGUUUCCAAUGGACGCUCAUGAUUCAUUGGGGUCUCUGUUGCAGACCCUUACGGGAGAUACGGGAGAUUGCGAUCUUGCUGGCCGUCUGCAGUUAGAGCAGGGUCGACUUGAACAUAUUUUUUGCCACGACAAAGCGGCUUCCGAUCUAUUUGUUCAAGCGGCACGUGCUACGGGAUUACAGUAUGAACUCACGGGAGCGCUCGGGAGACGAACAAAGUUUCAACAAAAUGAUCUUAGCCAAUUGGUGUUACUUGCAGAAAGUCGGAAAAGGGACAACUCUCCCGCCGACGCCGUACCAGAUGAUCUUGCCGAUCAGUCACGUACGCCUGUUACCUUGGGAUUGAAUGACGACACCCUUCUUGAGCAGACUAUAUUCACAUCAUCUGCCCCCUCAUCCACAACCAGUCGGCUGAGUCAUCUAGAUCCCGUUUCACAACCCCCUUUACACCCACUCGAUCAAUGUAUACUUCUGUCGCUUUGCCUCAAUGUACGCAAUACCUCCCCUUCGCACGGCCUCACAAGCGAACAGAUGUCCCCCUAUGUCGCCCGUGUCAUAUCACAUCCAAAGAACUGGUCAGUUCACACUAUGGCUCUGCUUCUGCGGUCUCGUCUCGAGUCUACACGCACACGCACUGUUGAGCGUUCAGUGCUCCAGCUCCAAGCCCUCGUAGACCAGAUGCCAACUGCCGACUCCCCUUUGCCAGAACGGUUGCUUUAUUUUCAUUCAAUACCGCUUCCAAGCAAGUGGGAGAUGGAACGCGAGCUGGCAUUACGUUUUCUCACUCUAGGGGUGGUAAAGUCAGCCUUGGAAAUCUUCGAGCGUCUCGAGAUGUGGGAGGAGGUAGUUAAAUGCUGGCAGUCUAUGGAGAGGACGGACAAAGCAAUCGUCAUUGUCCGUGAUUUACUUGAGGGACGCAAAGAAGAAGCAGAGAGUGUGAUUUUGCGGGGUAAAGACUUGCCUUCGCCGCGGCGAGGCAAAUUAGAUUCAGCACGACAGGCAAAGUUGUGGUGUCUUCUAGGAGAUCUGGAACCAGAUAAUGCAGUGGAGCAUUAUGGACGCGCAUGGGCGUUGUCAAAGGAGACUUCCGGUCGUGCAAUGCGGUCUCUUGGAGGCUACUACUUCGCACGCGGAGAAUUCGAAAAGACCAUUCCCUGCCUGCAGCGUGCAGUGAAGAUUAAUCCGUUAUUAUCUCGUUCUUGGUUUAUCCUAGGGUGGGCCCGAGAUUCAUUUAGUCGAUGUGUCUCUAUCGACGAUGAAGACGGAGAGAGCUGGAAUAAUUUGGCUAGUAUGUACCUCCGUUUGGACUCUUCCCAGAAUAACUUCGAAUCGGAUAUGAAUGGGGAAAACCAGCCUAGCAAAGCCAAAUCUUUCUCAAACAGGAUGUUGGCUUUCCGUGCGUUAAAACAGGGCUUGAAAUAUAGCUACGACAAUUGGCGCAUGUGGACAAAUUACAUGAUCGUCGCCAUGGAUGUUGGGGAGUUAUCAGAGGCAUGCCGUGCACUGACACGUAUUGUUGAAGAACGGAGUGCAAAAACCGGUGCAGAAUGUGUCGAUGAAGAAGUUCUUGAGCGCCUGGUAAAUGCCGUUACCAGGGUGCCGGCUGUCCUCGAUCAGUCAGCUGGGGAUGAUGAUAGCAGACGGGAUGCUGUAAGUAAUUCCAACGAGGGCCACGGGCUGCUCAGGAGAUUACUGGAGCUUUUUGACCGGACCAUUCUUCCCCGUGUAUCUUCACCCCGCAUCUUCCGCGCCUACGCACGUCUUCUGACUUUUCAAUCACGGUGGGAAGAUGCAUUGAAAGCCUACCUGGAUUGGUAUCGCUGUAGCGUGGCUGGAACGUUUGAGAAGGGAGAAACUGACGUCGAGAAGUGGCGAGAAGCUGUAAAUGAAGUCGAGGAAAUUAUGGAUGUAUCAAUUGGGAGACACCAGGGGCGCAGCAUCGUUCGGACGUUUAUGGGACGCUCCAAAGACUUCGAAGAUCAGGCAGAAUGGUCACGCCUUGUAGAGUUGCAAAGCGAGCUGCGUGCUGAAGAGUAG